UUUUUGUACUGUCGAACACUUACACGUAAAUGCGUUACCGACAUACAUUUGUAUCAUAAAACGUAGAGCAAAAAUACACUCUUAUUUGCUUAUUCUUAUUUGAUACGGAUAUAUUAUAUAUUCGGCUAAUUUUAGCACACCAAAGCAUUUGCAAACUUUAAAAAUGUUAAUAGAAAUUCCAGUAUUCAAAAGAGCUUGUUUCUGUGUACCACUACGAUAUGGUAUUAUCAUUCUUGGUUACCUAAAUGUGGUUAUCUCGAUAUUCUACGUUGUAUCCGAAAGAAUGCUAGGAGGAAUGCAUCGUGGAGUACCCAUACCUGCCCCUUUCUGGGUUUUCUUUCUGGUGUAUGCCGCUGAAAUCAUCUUCAGUGUAGUGCUUGUGAUUGGUGCUCAUAAGAAAUUAUGCAUAUUACUGAACGCGUUUUACUACUACAGUCUAAGCACAACUCUAGUCGCGUUUGUCUGCCUGUUGGUGGUUUGGGGUCUCUACCACAAUGUAUUAUUAGAGAGCGACACCUAUUUAGAAUUAACCAUCGCUUUCUCUAGUUUUGCUGUCCAUAUCUAUCUGCUAUUACUGAUACGCAGCGAAGUAAAGAAACUAAGUAAUUGCAAUUCAUAUGUUGUUGUCAACCAUAUGAGCGAGGUGGCUAUUGAACAACCGAAAGGAGAAGGAAGAAAUGCCCUGUAGACUUAGUGUCACCAUAAAUCUUCAGUAAUACUUAGAUCUAGAAGAGCUUAUUUCAUUAGGUUAAUUAUGUGUAAAAUUUGAAUGUGUCAUCGUAAACCAUCUUCAAUACGUCUGGCUAUCCCUGACCACCUUGAGAAAAUGGACAACUUGUACGAGGUGUAAUAUACACAGCAUGACCC